AUGGCUGCUGUGGCAUCUGGACUCCCGAAGGUACAGCAAGAACCAUCCGAGGCUCUCCGGAUCGUGGCCGACAACAACGGGGCCGAAAACGUACCCAAAGAUGAGCUGAGAGUGUCCUCGUCCGAGUCUGCAAUCUCUAUGAAAGAGCAGCUCGAGCAGCAUCACCAGGACGACGCGGAGGGCUCAUGGGCAAAGCUCUCCAUUUAUCGGAUCCCAAACUAUCUCAAGGAUGGCGACAAGAAGACCUAUGUCCCCCAGAUCGUCUCCCUCGGGCCGUACCACCACGGCAAGGACCACCUCCGCCAUAUGGACCAGCACAAGUGGCGUUGCCUCCGCUGCAUCCUCGAGCGCUCCCAUCACGAGAUAGGCCUCUAUAUAGACUCCAUGAAGGAGGUUGAGCAGAGAGCUCGCUCCUGCUACGAUGGAAAGAUAUCCAUGAGCAGGCAGCUCGUGCAGAUGAUGGUUCUAGAUGGGUGCUUUGUGAUCGAGUUAUUACAGGGAGUCGCCGAGGGGUUCGAGAAAUUGGGCUACCCAAGCAAUGACCCCGUCUUCUCAAAGUGGGGAUCUAUGCUCAAGAUCCUGAUCCAACGCGACAUGAUUUUACUUGAGAAUCAGAUCCCGCUCUUCAUACUCGCCCGGCUGCUCGGUCUCCAACUGGGCAACCCCGAUCAGGAGGGGCGCGUGGGCAAGUUGGUGCUCGAGUUCUUCGACCCUAUUGGCAGCGAACGGGUGGAGUUUGACCCGUCACGCGACCGGUGCGGGCUCCAUUGCCUCGAAGUGCUCUGGCACAGCUUCUUGCCCUCGAGCUUGACGCAAGCGAGGACCACGAGGUGGCAGCAGUACCAGGACAAGCUCAUUCCGUGUCUGACCGAGCUCAUGGAAGCCGGGAUCAAGUUCAAGCGCACAUUUACGGAAAAUUUCGGGGACAUCAAGUUCAAGGUCGAGUACGGGAUUCUCGAGAUCCCCUACAUUGAGAUCCACCCAGGGACGAGGUCGAUCUUUCUCAACUUGAUAGCCUUCGAGCAAUCUCACUUCGAUUGCAGGGAGCACAUCACCUCAUACGUAAUGUUCAUGCACAACUUGAUCAACUCCUUCGAGGACGUUCGGUACCUCUGCAAGCGUCAGAUCAUCAACCACUGCCUUGGGAGCGACGCCGAGGUCGCUGACCUCUUCAACCUGCUUUGCCAGGAGGUGGUCUUUGACAUCCAAGACAGUUAUCUCCGUGAAGUGUGUAUCAAGGUGAUCGACUACUACAGAUAUCCUGGAGAGCCAGUAUCGCGCAAAUGGAAUGCCUGGAGAGCCAUUCUCAAGAACAAGUACUUCGACAAUCCCUGGUCAAUCAUUUCCUUCAUGGCUGCUACCGUUUUGCUUGUGCUUACUUUCCUACAGGCCCUCUAUGCAGUCUGCUACUACAAGCCGCGUUCUUGA